AUAUAUAAAUAGCCCAAUGCUCAUCCAUCCAGUUCAUCUCUCUCUUUCUCUCUGACGCGCAGUUUACACAACGAAUCGCUCGAAAAUUUUCUCUUUCAAUUUGUAGUUUGAUUUCAUUCCUCUUUUGCAGGGCUUCAUCUUUUUUGUUUUGCAGGGCUUCAUCUUUAUUGUUUUGCAGGGUUAAUUUUAUUGUUUUGCAUUAUUCUUCUUCUUUAUUUUCUUCUUUCUUUCUCUGUUUUUUUGUGUUUGUAUUUUUGUUUUAACAUUAUGGAUGCAGGAUCUAUUGGUUCAUCGAACAAGACCCAGUCCCGGUUCCCCCUCAAAGAACAAUUCCUUCACAAAAAGAAUUCCAAAGAAAAUUUGGACAGAUUCAUCCCAAACCGAUCUGCAAUGGACUUGGAUUACGCGCGAUACAUGCUGACAGAGGGGAGAAAAGAUAUAGGUAAGGAAAAUCCAAACCCAGCCGCAAGCUCUCCGUCCAGGGAGGCCUACAGGAAGCACCUUGCUGAGACCUUGAACAUGAACCGGACCCGAAUCCUCGCCUUUAAGAGUAAGCCUCCCACUCCUGUUGAGAUGAUCCCGCGCGAGUUCUUCUCUUCCGUUGAGCAGUCCAAGCCUGCAAAGCCUCGGAGGCACAUUCCUCAGACUUCUGAGAGGACCUUGGACGCUCCUGAGAUUGUGGAUGAUUACUACUUGAACUUGCUAGACUGGGGUAGUGACAAUAUUCUUGCGAUUGCUCUUGGUAACACAGUAUAUCUGUGGAACGGGUCCAAUGGUUCCACUGAUGAGCUUGUUACCCUUGAUGAAGAAGAUGGUCCUGUUACAAGUGUCAGCUGGGCUCCUGAUGGCCAGCAUAUUGCCAUUGGCAUGAACAAUAGUGAAGUCCAGUUAUGGGAUUCUAAGGUUAAACGUCAGCUAAGAACUCUGAAAGGUGGCCAUGAAGCACGAGUGGGAUCACUAGCUUGGAACAAUCACAUUCUCACCACUGGUGGAAUGGAUCAUCAAAUCUUUAACAAUGAUGUGAGAAUUCGAUCUCACAUUGUUGCAACUUACAGAGGACACAACCAAGAGGUUUGCGGUUUGAAAUGGUCAGCUUCAGGGCAGCAAUUAGCGAGUGGUGGGAACGAUAAUCUCCUCCACAUAUGGGACAGGUCCAUGGCCUCUUCAAACUCACCAACCCACUGGCUCCACAGGAUGGAAGACCAUACCGCCGCUGUUAAAGCCCUUGCUUGGUGCCCUUUCCAGGCCAACUUACUGGCAUCAGGCGGUGGUGGAGGUGACCGGUGCAUCAAGUUUUGGAACACCCACACAGGAGCGUGUUUGAACUCGGUGGACACCGGGUCACAAGUCUGUGCUCUUCUUUGGAACAAGAACGAGCGUGAGCUGCUAAGCUCUCAUGGUUUUACUCAGAACCAGCUGACUCUCUGGAAAUAUCCAUCAAUGGUGAAAAUUGGUGAGCUUACUGGUCACACCUCCAGAGUUCUUUUCAUGACCCAGAGCCCAGAUGGAUCUACAGUGGCAUCUGCAGCUGGGGAUGAGACUCUGAGAUUCUGGCAUGUGUUUGGGACUCCAGAACCUGCACCCAAGGGAAAUCCUGAGCCAUUUUCUCAUUUGAGUGGCAUCCGUUAAACUCAUGUAAAGGAAAGGGCAGCCUGUGUGUACAUAUUUCGAUUCUUCGUCUGCAUAUCUUUUAAUGCUUGGAGCAGAUGAGGUUUUGGCAAAUGGUGUUGUUUGUUUAUGCACAAUUGGAAUCUGUUCGAGAACAAUGAAAGAUUCUAAGAGCAGGGCAAUUUGAAUAAGGAUCUGUGGGUGGAGUGAUUGUUGUAUAUAGUGUGAAAGGUGGUGGUGGAUAUAGGAUUUUUUGUAUCAGGAGGCAAGAUGGGUAGGAUCCUCUAAACAGAACACAUUGCUUUGGUGUACAGCCCAAGCAAAUGAGUGGGAAUUGUACAUGUGUGUGUAUUGUACCUUAUAUUGUUCUUAGUGGAAGCUUUUCUUCUUCGCCCGUGGACGUAGUCACUGACAUGUGACGAACCACGUAAAUCCUUUUGUCUCUUGUACUUCACAACUUACUAAUCUACUUCUGAUUAUACAAAUGGGGGAAAAUUAGAAAAGAAAAAUACAAGCAACUCAGUUUCGUAUC